GAACCGUCUUCCACCUACGCGUCAACCCUUCUUUGAAAGAGCAAACCCUCCCUCAGACAACUCCCCACCAUUCCAGCCGUACUACAACCACCGAGGACUCUCUCUCCUCCCUGGCUCUCUGUCAACUAACUAACGGCCGUUUGCUGAUACAGAGUGAGAGUGCUGUUGUCUUGUUCUGUUUCUGUUGGUCUUGGAUCUAGCACCAGGAGAGGGUCUAAACCUACGUUUGUCCGUCCGACUUGGACUUCCACUCUCUCUCUCUCUUCAUAAACCUCACGAAACCAGGAUAGACGACGUAGUUAGUCAAAGGGAAUUGUUGUACAGAUUGAAAUGGGGGCUGAGGAAGGGAGCACGCCGGCUAAGCCUUCCAAGCCGAAUUUGUCAGCUCAGGAAACUGCCACAACGCCUUCAUAUCCGGGUUGGUCAAAUCCUAUGCAGGCAUAUUAUGGUGCUGGUGCUCCUCCAUUCUAUGCCGCUACUGCGGCUUCCCCCAGUCCCCAUCCUUAUAUGUGGGGAAGCCAGCACCCGUUUAUACCGCCUUAUGGGACCCCAGUUCCCUACCCACCUCUAUAUGCCCCAGGGGGAGUUUAUGCUAGUCCUAAUAUGGGCAUGGUUCCAAACAUGGGACAGACUAAUGUGGCUUUGGAAGGAAACGUUCUUAACGGGAAGGAUCCUGGUACCACUAAAAAGUCCAAGGGAACUUCAAGAAACACUGGCUUGAUCGGCGGCAAGGGUGGUGAGAAUGGAAAGGAAGCUUCGGGUUCGGGAUAUGAUGGUGCCACACAAAGUGCUGAAAGUGGAAGUGAAGGGUCAUCAGAUGCAAGUGAUGAGAAUAACAGCCAAGAGUAUGCUGGAAUUGCAAGUAAGAAAGGAAGCUUUGACCAGAUGCUUGAAGAUGGAGCCAAUGCACAGAAUAAAGCCGCAGGGCCAAAUCUUCAAGCAUCAGUGCCUGGGAAUUCAGUUGUCUCUUCUGUGCCUGUAGCGAAUGUUAACAUGGGGAUGGACUUAUGGAGUGCAUCCCCUGCUGGUGCUGAAGCAGUGAAAAUGAGACCUGGUCCUCCUGGUGUCGGAACAACUGUUGCUCCGGCAACAUUGGCUGGACAUGAAGGCAUUAGGACUAAUCAAUGGACUCAAGAUGAUCGUGAAUUAAAGAGACAAAAGAGGAAGCAAUCGAACAGGGAAUCAGCCAGGAGGUCAAGAUUACGCAAGCAGGCCGAGUGUGAAGAGCUACAAGAAAGGGUAGAUAAGCUGAACAAUGAAAAUUGCUCACUCAGAGAUGAAUUGCAGAGGCUUUCUGCAGAGUGUGAGAAACUUACAUCCGAAAAUAAUUACAUCAAGGAAGAUUUAACUAGGUUAUGCGGACCUGAUGCAGUUUCUAAACUUGAGAAUAACAGAUAACAUACUUGUUCAACGGAUGAAAAUACGGUCUGCAGUUGGAGGUUUUCGUCAAGCCAGUGAUGAGUUUACAAUUGGAGCCUAACAAAGCAAUGUCUGUAAUUCAGACUUUGCUUCUCCUUUAGAAAUAUGAAAUUUCCUGGACCAAACCAACCACCCAUGGAAGACCCUUACUAAUCGUAUACCUUUUUAACGUAUCUCUUUUCACUGCUUCUGAAACUUGUUAGAUUCUGCGUGAUCCAGAGCUUUGAUUAUUUCAUCCCACCUUUGUAAAAUUGAUCAACUGAGAAGGGACAUAUCAAAAGGCCUUGAAUAUACUGUAAUACUUCUUGUGGUUUAAUUGUUUUUUAUGCAGUCUGUUUUUCUUAGGGGACUUAUAGUAUCAGCUGCCUAUUAUAAUAUCAAUGUUCCUCUUGAAGAAGUUGAUAUAUUGGGUAUGAAAUGGUAUACGGGUUCUUUGUUUCUAA